CUUCUCACCGCCAGUAUAUAAGGAACGGCUGUCAUCAUCACACACACACGAGGACCUCCCUGACUCUCCUUCUCUUUCCUCCUCCUGUGUGUGUAUCUCUCUACUUUACUUCGUUCACGCCUCCUACACGAUCCAUCAUGAGGCUUUGUGUCAUGUUCUCGUGUUGCCUCAUCGUCUUGUUGGCUUUUGUCUAUUUCUCCGACGCCGCCAGCAACGACAAACCACGCUACUCUGAGACCGAGGAGGUUCGACGACCCAAGACCCCAAGGAACUCGAAAAAGUCCGAGGGCGCUAAGACCAAGAAAAGGCCCGGCAGUCCCAAGUCCGGUUUAUCUUCACAUAAGGUCGCCAAGGCCAAAUCUAAGGGAUGUCCCGGCCAGUGCAUCGAGUCCUCAGCAAAGUGUUCGAGUAAGAAGGUCCUGAAGAAUAAGUGUGACGAAGGCUACAAGUGCUGUCUAUCGGAUCAAGCUCGGGUGGAGAAGACCUACGCCAAGAGAAAAUGUCAGACCCUCGAAACCUGCAAUAAAUUGGUCGGGAAUUGUGAGGGAAAGAAGAAAGGAUGCGGAAGUAACCAAACCACUUACAAGAAUUCAAAGAAAUUGAAAUAUUGUUCCAACAAAUCCUGCGUCUGCUGUGUCGAUUCUACAUGUCCUACCAAAUGUACUAAGAAAGGAGGCGUCUGUCAAUCUCAGUCCAGUUUAUGUAAUGGUAAUCUGAAGAAGGGUAAAUCUUGGUGUGGAGGCAAGACCUGUGGGUGCUGCCUAGCUAAAGGGGCGUGCACUGCCAAGAACACAUGUAAAAAGGAGGGAGGUGUGUGCCAGCCGGCCUCCAGCGAGUGUGAUGGAGAACUGAAGAAGGACAGGAAGUACUGUAAGGGCAAGUCGUGUGGAUGCUGCGUGCCUAAGAAAGGUGAGGUGAUGCCCGCAGGUCAUCUUAUCUCUCAAGAUUUAAAUUUUAUUUCCUCUCUUUUUUGUUUUAGCAUCUUAACUUACGACUUUUUAGCCUAAGUAUUUUGUUUUUUAAGUAGAAGGUAAAGUAUUGUUUUCUAUUAAGUGGAAGUUUUAGUGAUACUUAGAAUGAUUGGUUUAUUUAAGGUUUAAUUAGUAUUUAGUUUUAGGUUUAUGUUACAAAUGAUAAUACAGGAGUUCAAAUUGUCCAUCUACAAUACAUUUACGCUACUGAUAAUAUUACAUAUGACUGCUACUAACGACAAUUUAGUGGUUAAUGCAAGAUACUAAUGGAUUUUUUUUUCAUAUUUCAGGGCAUAGUCUCGAAGCUGGGGUUUUUCCCGCUUAAUAUUUAAAGAAAAAAAGUUUGGGGUCGUCUUUCACAUUCAGCUGUUAACUGAAAUACGAUUUUAUUUUCUCCAGCGAGCCGUGUGUCAUAACUGAGCGUAAUUGGUUCCUUGACGCUUAAAUACGAUGGUUCAUUCUUUCGAUUUUUUUUUAUUCAGAAAAUACGUUCGUUUAUUAUCACUGGUCGAGACACCGAUUCAACUUUUUUUUUUUAAGGUCACAAACUGUAAAGAUUUUGUUUGUGUCUGUCUCAGUUGUUUGUGUCCUUGUCUGCAGUCUGCUUGUGUUUGUGUCCGUCCUUGUCCGUCUUGAGUUGCCUGUGUCCCUUGUCUGCCGUUCAUCAUUUGCUACAUAAGUCUGCGGCUGUUUUGGUUUCAGUGCGAGUGCUAACGCUGGUUAAGAGACCAGAGUGAGGGGUUAUCCAGUGUCUUGCAUAUGAACACAGUAAGACAUGAAACUUCAUAAUCUGGAGAGGAGGUAACACUAGAUUCUUCCUAAGACAGUUUCUUCCCCCUUCACCGCUUCUCGAGGUCUUCACAGCUUCUUACACUGGUUCUUUUCACUACUAAGGCUACUGGAUAAUUUCUAAUCGGGUUUCAACGCUUUUUUUUUCGCGGCUUCAUUUGCUUCCUACUUUCUUCUUUAUUUAUUUUUCUUUAAGUUCUUCUGAUCUUCUUCGCGUUCUUUGCUCAUCCUUCGAUUUUCCUUCAGUUGUUUUCGGGUUCUUGUGGUCCUUUCUUGGGUUUUAUUUUAUGCUCUAAUAGCCCUUGAUUUCUAUUCGUAUUCUAUUGCCCUUCUUGAUUUAGCCCUUGGGGUUUCUUUCUUCAUAUUCUGAUGAUCUUUGCUGAGUUUUUUCCUCUAGUGCUCCAACGUUCUUUUUUAUCACUUCCUUCUCCCUUCUAUGAGUUCUGUUUUAUUCCUACUGUCCUUUCUCGAGUUCUAAACGCUAAUAAUUAUUUUUCUUCAGUUAUCUUCUUUUCUUCCAGAGUUCUUUGCGUACCACCUACGACCCAUGAGAGUUAUUUUCAGGUUUAUAAGUUAUUUUGAGUUUUUUUUAGUUCUGUUCAACCCCCUACACCCCUAAAGGAGUUCUUUUCAGGUUUCUAAGUCCUACAUGAGUUCUUUUCAGCUUCCUACACUCCAUGAGAGUUCUUUUCAGGUUUAACGGUUCUUUUGAGUUCUUUUCAGGCCCCUUAAACCCCUAAGAGAGUUCUACCCAGGUUCCUAGGCCCCUUGGUUCACCCCGUGACUCCCUGAACCACCUGUAACAAGUAAUGAGGCCCUCACGACGGUAUGACGUCACCCAUAUGGAUGCGUUCGAGCACGAUUGAAGGCGUAUCAGCCUCCGUCGGACUAUCGCGUAACAUGAAUAAAAAUUUAAAUAACGUCUGUAUUGGGGUGUCCAGGCGCUCUACUUAAGAAUAUAAGAUUGGAGGAAACUGCAGCGGGCCUAUUGACCCAUACUGGGCAGUCCCGUAUGCACCCAACCCCUAUCGCUCAUAUAUCCAUCCAACCUACAUUUGAAGCAACCCAGCAACAACUAGUAGAGUACAACAGCGAUUGAAACCACAACAACCGUAAAGAAACAACCAUUGGAACUACUGUAACCACAACUACCAGUACCGGAAUAACGUUUAUUGAAACAAUAACCAUUCGAACUGAUACAACAACUAUCAUAACAAUCAUCACUCUAACUACAAUUAAUACAACACACAACCAUAACUAGAACCACUGUAACUAUACACCACAAAAACAACAACCGCUACAACAAUCCAACUAUCAAAACAAUAUCUAGUACCAUAACUACAACAAAAACAACAUCAACAUCUUUCACUAGAACUACAACGACCAUAACAACCAUUAGUAAAUCUACUACAACUACCAUGACUACAAUCAAUACUACAAUUACGACAACUACCAUAAUAACUACAACAACCAUCACUAGAACCACUAUAACUCCCACAACACAACCAUUAAUAGAGUUAGUACAGCUA